GAACUUGAAGUAGCUUUAAAACUGCGCUUAAUAGUACUGGGCGUGUGUUUUAGGUUUGCCUUUUUAUCGAUCACCACAACUUACAAUCACAACAAUCGAAUUUUUUACUUUAUUUUCGUCCCUUCAAAUGAUAUAGCACGAUGAAAUGCUGGUUAUGUAUAUUCUCUCUCGUAACGUGCCUUGUAUGGUAUGUUGCAGGUCAGAGGGGCUGCCAAAUUCCACUGACCCUUAGGGGAUCUUGGUUUUCAUGGGAAUCCAAGAGUACCGUAACAGAAAUAAACGCUAACAGUAUGACUGAACGAGGCAUAUGUGUAAGCAUGCUGGAAGAAUAUCAUGUUAAUUACACAUUCGUGUUUCGAGAUUUGUAUAAAAGCUGUUAUCAUUGUGUAAAACUGCUUGUCAGGACGCUAAAUGUCUUGGAAAAGUUGGAAGUGACUUGUGUGAACUUGCCCUUUGGAAUAGAACCCACUGUGGGUAACGUCUGUACAGGUUUAAACGCGAAUCAAUACUUGAUAACAUUAUUCUCUGAGAAUUACGUGCCUGUGAAUUGCAGAUCUUCUCUGGAAGGAGUUUGGCAGUUUGCUUAUCAAAAUCGCUUUAGAUUUACGGGAGAAUGCAAUCAUCCAGACGCACAAAUCAGAUCUUGUCAGACAGCGGGAUCCCAGUUUCUUAUAACCAAUCAAAAAUUUAACAUCACUUACAAGCAUUGUCCUGGAAUGGAAAAUACCAAUGACGGGUUGGUAGAAUACAGUUGCUUGGGCGAUUGGUUCGUCGAUAAGAAUCAUUUCUUCGCGGUAGCAAAUACCAAGGAAUCACGGAAGGAUGAAAAGUAUAGAUGCUUCUUAAAGAAUCGUGAUGACGAUUUAUAUAUCGGUGUUUCGAUCACCGCUGAAUGUAAUACUCUCAAUACCGUCGAAAAGAGUCCUGAACGUUUGCGCAUCACGCCAGUUAAGGCUGAAGUAGUUGAACCCGGUUGUCGAUUACCCGAGGAUAUGUCCGGAGAUUGGAUAAACACUGCCAAUAUCGACGCAGAUAUUUUCAUUAACGAAACGCACAUUAUCGAAACUUGGUAUCCUGAUGUGGCGCGUUUUCGACGAACGAUUUACGUUUGUCGUGAACAAAGAGAUUCAAGAGUAAUGAUGGCGAGAUUGACCGUUGAUGGAUGCCAAAAAGACUACGUUUGUUUCGAUUUCGUGCGGCGACAUCACAAUGUUAUCCGAUACAGACGUGGAGUUGCUGUGAUAAAAGAUGAUUUCCACACGGUGUGUUCUUGGGUGCAAUUUCCUAACAAGGAAGCGUGGAAGUACGAUCUGUUUUUAGCAAAAAAUCCCGUUCCGGUACGCUGCCCGAUAGCCGGUAAAUUUAUGUUCCAUCAAAAAGGAGAUGUUCUAUUUGAGACUAGAAUUAUAGGCGGCGUCACUAAAUCUCCGCGACCAAAUAUUUAUUGCAAACAGAAUAUAUCCGACUUUUCGGUUUGCGAUAACGAUCAAAAGGAGAUCGCCAUUGAUGAAACGUACUGCUUGUCUGUGGAUCACUUAGGAAAACCGGUUGAUAUUUAUAGCGAUCCUGAUUAUACAAUGAUAUGUAUUGGAUUUUGGAAAGAAAACUUAAAAUCGUAUUUAAUAACAUUCAGUGAAUUGGAUCCUUACAGCAAAUAUCGCUGUUGGGUAUAUCAGAGGGCUGAUUUGAAUAGAGUGCUUAUGUCUCAGGCCAUCGGUCCAUUUUGCGAUCUCAAACAAGAUGUAACAAGUCAAAAUUUUACAGAAGGCGCAUCAGUCGCGUUGGAGUUACAGGAAUACGAGCGAGAACGCGAUCGAUGUCCAAUGUAUUUUGAUGACGGAAGCAAUCCCUGGGAGGGAACGGAGGACACGAUAAAGAUCUUCCAUUUUGGUAGUGGCGGCAAUACAAACAGCUGCUUUUCGUUCUUGCUUGUCACACUAUUAAUAGCAGUACUAUGCUUUAACAUGUAAAUAAUUCUUUACACAGGAAAGAACAAAACCGUUUAUCGAUUAUUUCGAUACCGCGAGAGAUUUCAUAUCAGAAAUAUCAAAUGUACGCACUUGUAAACCAUUCUCACGAUAAUUUGCAUUGCGUCAGCAUUCCGUCCAUAUUGUAAUUAUGUGGUUACACGUGCCUUAAAUUUUAUUCGCAUCUAAUUUUAUAUAAGUAGAUAAUACGUAAUAUGAGAUAUAUUAACAUAUCAAAAGUCCGUCUAUGAGAAUUACAAAGAAUCUCUUACAUAAAAUGGCUGCAUUCUACUUUACACAUUU